GUGAUGCUUUUCUUCACCCAGUGCUUUGGGGCGGUGUUAGAGCUCAUCCACCUCAGGUUCCAGCAUUACAAGGCUAAACGGGUGUUCUCCGCCGCUGGCCAACUUGUCUGCGUUGUCAACCCCACGCACAGCUUAAAGUAUGGGUCCAGCCGACGAUCUGGUGCUCAAAGCUCACUCGAGCAAGGCAGCUGCCACCCUCACCACCUCACCCACCACCAUCGCCACCACCGCCACCACCACCUGCACCCGCACAGCCACCCACACUCCCACCACCUCCACCACCAGGACGCAGGCCUGCACGCUGCCCAGGUGACGCCCUGCACGUGCCCCCUGUUCUCCUGCCAGUGGGAAGGCCACCUGGAGGUGGUGGGGCCGCACCUGAGGCAGACACACAGGGUCGACAUCCUCCAGGGGGCGGAGAUGGUCUUCCUGGCCACGGACAUGCACCUGCCAGCGCCGGCAGACUGGGUUACCAUGCACUCCUGCCUCGGCCACCACUUCCUGCUGGUGCUCCGGAAACAGGAGAGGCAUGAAGGACACCCACAGUUCUUCGCCACUAUGAUGCUGAUUGGGACCCCCAAGCAAGCCGACUGCUUCACCUACCGCCUGGAGCUCAGCAGGAACCAUCGGAGGCUCAAGUGGGAGGCCACCCCCCGCUCUGUGCUUGAGUGUGUGGACUCUGUGAUCACGGAAGGGGACUGCCUCGUCCUGAACACCUCGCUGGCCCAGCUCUUCUCCGACAACGGCAGCCUCGCCAUCGGGAUUGCGGUCACUGCAGCCAAGGGCCACUCGGCAGAGGUGGAGAUAUGA